UCCCGCCUCCUCCGAGGGCGCGCAAGCGCUCUCCUGGCGCGCGCGCGGCUCCAGCGGUCUUCCCCGAGCGCUUCUCCGACCCUAAACCCCGCCUCGCGUCCCUCUUGGGCCCGCCCUGUUGGCGCGAGCCGCCGCGCCCCUCUCACCGGCGCAUGCUCCCUGUUGUUACGGCGCGUCUAACGCCCCCUCCCAUCCCCCGCAGCCGCUCUGCUCCCUCCCUCCCUCGCGGACGUGGACUAAAGAGGCAGAGGCAUUUAGCAAGUUGUCAAAGGAUGAAAGAAAGCUGGUCUGCAUUCGACACAUUUGAGCCUCAUUUCAGGCCUCUGGUAGUUAUUGAGCUUGCAAAAAACACCAAAGAGGAAACCAAAGAAUGGUUCACUCAAAGAAUUGUGGACAAAAAGAAAAAUGGAGGUGCCCAGCUGUUGGUUAAACCUUUGGUAAAAGAAGAUGGAGGAAAAAUAGAUGGAAAUCAAAAUUUAUAUCUUGUUGGAGCCUCUCAUUUAAGGCUGCUGUUGGGAGCUGAAACUGUGGGAUUGGUAAAAGAAUGUAAUGAUAACUCAAUGAGAACCUUUACAUACAGCAGUAGAAACACCUUCAAAGAUUUUGCAGAGGACAAUCACGAUUUCCUUACAAUGGCAGAGUGUCAGUACAUCAUCAAGCACGAACUUGAAAAUUUGAGAGCCAAAGAUGAAAGAAUGAUUCCUGGGUACCCUCAGGCAAAGCUAUAUCCAGGAAAAUCAAUUAUGAGAAGAUUGUUGACCAGUGGUAUCCUACUUCAGAUUUUCCCACUUCAUGAUACAGAAGAAUUGAAGAAGCUCCGGUACACCUGGUAUGGCCAGGUCAAAAUUAGUUAUCAACCUUUAGAUGAAAUCCGUUGCUAUUUUGGCGAAACGAUUGCUCUGUAUUUUGGCUUCUUGGAAUACUUCACAUUUGCUUUGGUUCCUAUGGCUCUCAUUGGGAUUCCUUACUAUGUGUUUGCAUGGGAAGACUAUGACAAGUAUGUGAUGUUUGCCUCAUUCAAUCUGCUUUGGUCUACCGUGAUCCUUGAAGUUUGGAAGCGCUGCUGUGCUAUUAUGACUUAUAGAUGGGGGACACUGUUGAUGAAGCGGCAGUUUGAGGAACCAAGGCCAGGAUUUCAUGGGGUUUUGGGAAUCAAUCCUGUCACUGGCAAGGAGGAGCCGGUAUACGCAAGUAUUAAAAGACGGAUACGAAUUUAUUUGGUGUCUUUGCCAUUUGUGUGCCUUUGCCUCUAUUUUUCACUGUAUGUCAUGAUGAUUUACUUUGAGUUGGAGACUUGGGCUCUGGAUUUUCAUGAGGAGAAUGAGUCUUCUUAUAGCAACUUACUGCUAUUUGUGCCCAGCAUCAUCUAUGCUAUUGUGAUUGAAAUGAUGAACCGCGUCUACCGAUAUGCUGCAGAAUUCCUAACAUCAUGGGAGAAUCAUAGACUGGAAUCGUCACAUCAGAAUCAUCUAAUUCUGAAGGUCUUAGUGUUCAACUUUUUAAACUGCUUUGCCUCCCUCUUCUACAUUGCUUUUGUCCUUUUUGAUAUGAAACUUCUGCGACAGAGCUUGGCUACUCUGCUGAUAACUUCACAGAUCCUUAAUCAAUUUGUAGAAGCCUUACUUCCUUACUGGCUCCAAAAGAGACAUAACACAAAAGUGAAGAAAAGGGUGUACUCCGUAAAAGUGGAUACUGACCUUUCAUUAUUUGAGCAAGUCAACCUGGAGAAAGAAAUGGGCACCUAUCUUGGCACCUUUGAUGAUUACUUGGAGUUGUUCUUACAGUUUGGCUACGUGAGUCUUUUCUCAUGUGUGUACCCUUUAGCAGCUGUUUUUGCAGUGCUAAACAACAUCACAGAGAUGUAUUCUGAUGCCUUAAAAAUGUGCAGGGUCUUCAAACGUCCAUUUUCACAACCCACAGCAAAUAUUGGAGUUUGGCAGUUGGCUUUUGAAACUAUGAGUGUUAUAUCAGUAGUUACUAACUGUGCACUGAUUGGAUUGUCUCCACAAGUAAAUGCACUUUUUCCAGAUUCAAAAACGGACCUUAUUUUGAUUGUGGUAUUGGUGGAGGAAAUGGAAAUUCUAUCAUCAGAAUUGGUUUUUCAUUGUUUUACUCUUAGAUUAAAUUUUUAUUCUUGGCGCUUUCAUCUACUAUGGAUGUUGCAUCUAUGUUCUGCCACAUAGUCCGAAAUAUUAUGUGUAUGUUGCGUUAUAUAUUUCAAGAAGGAUUUAAUAGUACUAACACAAGAAUAAACGUAGGUUUGUAGUGGAGAUGUACCCUAAUUGACCUAUAUUAGGUCAAUUUGCAGCCACCGCAGUAAUUACUGCUGUGGUGCAUGUUCACACUACCCUGCUUGGGUCGGUGGACUGCGUCCUCACCAGGAGCGCUUGCACCGACCUAAAAAGGGCAGUGUGGGGAGCUGAGAGCCCGGUCUCUCAGCUCCGCUGGCAGCUCCCUGCCAGGAGUCUGGCUUCCCCACAGGCUCCUGGGCUCUCACCAGGCUGCCUCCCCAUCCUCUCCCCAUUCCCCGCCAAGAGUGGAGGGAAGCCACCUGGGGCUUCUUGCCCCUGUUCUCUGCGUGGAGUAGCGGAAAGCCAGGCAGCCUUGUCAAAUUCACUGCUCACUGAGCUGUGAAAUUGACAAGGUUGCCCUGCUUGGUGGGAGGUGGGGAGAAAAGGCUGCCUCCGGGCUUCUCACCCCAGCUGGAAGCUGGGUCCGAAGCCGCCCAGCUCUCCAGAGGAGCGGGGGCAGCAGGACUCUAGCUGCCCAGCUUUCUUGUCACUUUCAUGGUUCCUGCCAUGAAAGUGACAAGGCAGCUGAUGUAAGGGAUACAGUGUCUACACAGACACUGCAGUGCCCGAACUACAUGGACGUAAGCCUUAUACCUCUUGUGAAGGUGCAGUUGUUAGGUUGGUGAAGUAGGGCAUUACAUCGGCGGGAGGAAGGCUGUUGUGUAGACGCUGACAUAAUUAGGUAGAUGUAACUGUGUAGUGUAGACCAGCCCUUAAUGUAUUUUAUUCCUCGGGGUCAGAUGCUCUCAUACUCGGGUUUGUGGCCCCAACAGAUCAAUAAAGACUUUUUAUGGGGUCUACAGAUUGUGUCCAUUUUUAUUGAGGAAAAUCCAGACAAAUUAUCCAAAAAUGUUAAGAAAGAUGUAAAUCAGGUAUAUAAUGUAUAUAAGAUGUAAAUUAUAACAGAGGGUGAGAAAAAUUAAAAGGAGUAAGUGAAAGGGAAAGAUUUGAAAAGAAAUGGUCACUUGAUAUUGAGGGUAGAAAAAGAGGAAUGUUCCAUAUAGCAAAAGACUGGAGAGGAAAAGUCUCCCACCCUAGAAUUGGCCAGAUUGUGUGAAAGGCAAGAGUGCAGGCUGAUGCUGGAUGAGCAAAUAGUGGGAAGGGGAGUAGGAAGACACUGAGAGAUGGUCUACACUACUGCUUAAGUUGUUGUAAAUUACAUCGCUCAGGGGUGUGAAAAAGAGACACCCUCCCGAGCGACGCAAGUUAUAUCGACCAAAGUGCUCUCCACGCUGGUACUAUUUGGUGGGAGAUGCUCUCCAGCUGACAUAACUUCCACUUCUCAUGGAGGUGGAGUAAUUAUGCUGAUGGGAGAGCGCUGUUAUAGCGCUGUAGUGUAGAUUUGCCCUAAGAUUGGAAAGUUUAUUCCCAGAGGGAAGAAAGACAUUCAGAAAAGGACAGAUCAACUGUUUUAAGAGAGAAUGUUAUUUCUUCUUGCUUUUCAUAUACAAAUGUAAAUUUUGGUUCUGUGCUGUAAAGUUUAUAACAGAGUUAUUGUACUUGUAAAUUGAUUGUAGUGAUUUUUUAGACUUUAUUAAUACAAACAAAGAUGUUGAAUAAUGCAUGUAAAUAAAAUUAUUACCAUAUAGUAUAAUCUUUUUAUACUUAAUUAACAUUGAAAUCAUUUUAUAGAACUGGCUAGUCAUUUGUUUCCCUUAACUGGCUAACCAUGGUCACUUAGGAUUUGAGAAGGUUAAAGUGUGCUUAUUUUUUACUUUGUUGUGUAAUAUAUAGCAUUCUUUAUCAUUGUAAGACUAUUGAUUUAUGUUCUCAAUUUGUUACAAAUUGAGAAAAUAGGAUCUUUGACUUUGAUAACAGGGAAUAUCUAAUUUUGAAAGUGCUUUUGGACAUUGCGUGAUUGUGGUUGGACCCUUACAGAGGAGAAUGAAAACCCUUAUACUUGUUUUUUGAUUUUUAGGAUUUUUUAAAAAUCAGGAUGUACUAUUUAAAAGCUUGUCAGAAACUGUACAUUUUUAGAAUUAAUGUUGAAAGUAUCACUGCAAACUGGUUCCAUGGUUCCCUUAGAUUUACACUGCAUUACUAGAAAUUGUCUGAGAAAUACAAUAAGAAAAUCACAAAAUUAAAAACCUUUUUUCAGAACUUAAGAAUUUACUUUUUCUUAAGUUUGAAACAAAGCAUAGUAAACCAACUCAUGAUUGUUUAUGUGGAUUUUUGUUAGUUAUGUCGACUCCAGCUCCCAUCACAAAAGAGCGGAAGGAAAAAAAUGUUAAAAAUGAUGUUUAAAAACUUUUUUUAAUGUUUCCAGUCUCCCAAAACACAUUUUUUUUGUAGUCCAGUUUUUGAAAAAACUUAAAUUUUAUAUGAUUUGAACUCUACAGCCUUCUGAGUCCAAAGUUAUCAAUAUCAAUCAGGCAAUGAUAGAGUGCACGUAAUUUUGCAAAUUUUCUAUAAUACAAGUUAUUGAGAAAUUGUAUAUGAAGGCAGUGGAGUUAAAAGAGAGCCUGUUCUCCAGAUGGUAUAAAAUCUUUGUGGCACAAAGAUAUGUAUAUUGGUAAAUUUAAUUUUUUUUUAAAUUGUAUUGAAACAGACAAACAUCAUGGGCUUACUUUUCAUGUACAUAAGACAAUUUAUGCUGCUCUGGCAAUGUAACUUUCUUCAUAAUUGAAAAGAAAUGCACCAGGCUGAACCUGUUGUAAUUAGCAGUUAUGUUGUGACAUGUCUGCUCAUUGACUGCAAGAGAGAGAGAAAGGGAGAGAGACUGACUGACUGACUCUUCUGCCAAAUACUCCUGAACCCAGGGGAAAGUUUCUUGGGCUGGGAAUGAGGAGAUUGAGUUCCUAUCUCACCUUUGCUGUCAGUUUAUAUUCCCACACAUCUUAUCACUGUUCCCUCUAAGCUGUGUGUGUGUGUGUGUGUGUGCGUGCGCGUGUGCGCGCGCGCGCAUGCACAAAAAUUUGCACAGAAGCACAAUUUGCACAGAAGAAAUUUUUUGCGCUCACACCCUGUCAAAAAUUUGCACAGAAGAAAUUUUUUGCGCGCACAGCCUGUCAAAGAUUAGAGGGAACAUUGCUUAUCAUCCUUAUUAUUGACUAAAUCCAUGAACUCUUUCUAAAAAGCAGUCAAGGAUUAGCAUCCAUCAAAUUCACACUAUAGCAGAAAAUCUUAAUAGGGACCUCAGCAACGUUAAGGCAGAAAAAUGUCCCCAAUGUGUCAGAUGUGCCUAUCUGUGGUUAAAAAAGAAUCUGAGGUCAUUGUGUUAAGGUUUUGCGCUAGAGUGAUUGAUAAAGUUGGAGUAUAUAUUGCUCUUUCCAUCUCCAACAGAUGCUAAGUGAAAGCCUAAUGGCAUUUGGAGUGUUAUUACCAGUGCGGUGGACAAUAUGAAAGGAGAGCAAGAGACUUCUCCCUUAAUUUGUUAUUUCUAUGCUUUUCCGAGUUUGAGUUGUCCUGACUCAACCUUAACUGUCGCUAAACAAAGUUUUUGUAUAUGUUGUAAAUGAGAAUCAGGUCUACCUUUCUUUGAUAAAAUUAAAUU